AUGCUCAUGGCGACGACCGGCUCUGGCGACUCCAGUUCCGUGGACCCACCGCGCUGGCUUCCCGCCGCCCAUGCCGACUCCGGUGCUCAAACGCCCGCGCAUUCGUCGUUUGGCUCCCAGCCGGCGCAGCUGUCAAGCGCGCCUGUCGCCGCCGCGUGUCAUGGUGGAAGCGCGACGCGCAUAUUUCACACAUGGACGCCACGCGACGCCGCACAUUACGGCGUGCAAUUCGGCAUCCGCGAACCGAUGGUCGUCUGGUCUCCUUACAGCGCGCAGGUCUACAUGCACCCUCCCGCUCCUCCCGCCCUUGCGCCGAACUUCCCCGGGAUGUCCGCUCCUCCACCGCUUCCCCCACUUCGGCCCUGUCCCCCGCCUGUUCCGCAGCACUCCCCGCCGUUGUCGCAGUGGUCAGCGGGUCCCUCGGCCAAUUCCGCCAAGUCCGCGCGGGGCCCCGCGGAGCACACGGGCUCAUGGCUGGACACGCAGCUCUUCCCGAGCGCUGUCGGCGUGAAUUGCGGAGAGAGAACCACGGUGACACCGAUCGUGGUGAUGCCAGCUCGUUGCGCGCCGACGGAGCUCGUGAAUUCGACCUUAGUCGCUCCUUCCGCCGCUAGCGCCGUGACACGCGGAACGGGGCCGCGCGUGGAGGAAGGAGGUCCUUGCAGCCCGCAGGCGGGCGCUAAUAACGCGGACGUCACGACGCGCUGCACGCCGACAUGGGAAGUGGUGGCGGAGAGGAUGAGCGCGCCGCCGGCGCAAGGCGUGGCGGCGCAAGGGCCCCUUGCGCAAGGGGUGGCUGAAGGGGGCCUGGUGGGGGAAGGCGACGACAUCAGCGCGUGGCUGAGCCGCCUAGUGGGCGGCACGGCUGGCCCUGCCCUGCCGGAAGGACCGUCGGCGGAGCUGGCGCAUUUACAAGGAAACGGGGCGACGCGUGGUCAUGUGAUGUCGCCAGCUGGAGUCGCGUCAUGUGGCAGCAACGCCGCCGCAGCAAGCGCAGGACGCGGCACCGCGUACAAUCACAGCGGCGUGCGCUGUGACACGGCACUCUGCGACAACGUGCCAUUCAACAACCCCGGGCGCAACAGUCUCGGCGCCAUGCCUGCUGCACCUGCACCUGCCUCCGUCUCAGCGCAUGUGCUCCGCUCUGCCCAGCGACAUCCCGCCCCUGCUCCCCCCCCUUCGCAAGGGGGAGUAGGGACAAUGGCGGAGCAGGGAGGGGAGUGGGGGAGGCGGGGUGUGGGAGAGGAGGAGAGCGAUGAGGGAGGGGGGGUGGAGGAGGAGGCAUGCAUGGAGGGCAUGACAGUAGAACAGAUUCUGCAGGAGAGGAGAAAGCGCAGGAUGGUCUCUAACCGCCUGUCGGCCAAGCGAAGCCGGCAACGCCGCCAGCAACUGCUAUCACAUCUUGAAUCCGAUCGCGGAAUUCCGAGCCUGCCGCUCUGUUUCCGCGUGCGUUUCGCCGCCAUGGACGCUAAAGAGGCCGACGGGCGGCUGCUAGAGGACGAGCUCGAGGCGCAGCUGGCCGCGCAGCGCGCCACGCUGGCGGAAGUGGACGCGCUGCUCCAGGCGGAACCCUCCCCGGAGAUUGCGGAGGUGCGCGGAGAGCUCGCGGAGGCGGUGGCAGCGAGCGAGGCGAGUCUGCUGCAGCUGAAGCGGCAGCGGCUGUUGCGCCACGCGGACAGACUGGCGGAGGGGCUUUCAGCGGAAGCGGCCGCGCGUGGCGGAACGGGAGAGGCUCGAGGGGCAGAAACGGCCAGCGCGGAGCAGACCGAUAUAGGCGGAACGAGCGGAGGGGAACGGCGCGCGGAAGGCGGAGGGGGGGAAGAGCCAAAGAGGGGUGAUGAGGAGGAGGGGAAAGGGGGAGAGUGGGGGGUGAGCGUGGGACAGCGGUGCUUGUUCCGCCACGUGGACGGCAGGUGGUAUGCGGGGGAGGUUCUGGCUUUCGAAGGGGCGGAGGACGAUCGGGGGGAUGGGGAAGGCGGAGUGGAAAAGGUUGCUGGCAGCCGGGGAGGGGAAUGUGGGGGAGACAUUGGGGCGGCGGAAGGGGAAGUGAGGGGGAGUGAGGGCGCGGGAGCAGGCGAGGGAGGUGCGGAUGGGGAGGAAGGAGUGGAGGAGAGAGUGCGGUUGGGGUACGUCUCAGGGACAGGCGAAGAGGGUCAGGGGAAACAGGCGGAGUGGGAGGGGAGGGGGGAGGAGAGAAGAGAGGGGGACGAGCGGAGGAGAAUGGGGGGAAGGAGCAGCAGGCGGGGAGGGCGGCGAGUGGUGCGGGUGGGGUUCCUGUACCCCACGACCCGUGCGCACCAGCUGUGUCGCUUCUUCCUGUCGCGCACCUGUCACUUCCACCAUCGCUGCCGUCACUCCCACGGCCGCCUCCUCCCCUUCUCCUCCCUCCGCGCCCUCCCCCCUCCCCCCUGCCCGCUCGCCCUCCCCCCCGGCUCCUCUCUCCUCGCCUCGCUCCCACCCGCCCCGCUCUCCCACGACCUGACCCGCCUCUGGGAGCAAGCAGAGCUCCAAUCACAUCACGCCACGUGUCCGGGAGCAUCAUCAUCAGCAGGCGUCCACCUGCCCACGUGUGCCUGCACCUGCACAGUCACUCUCGUGCGCGAUGGCUCCUCCUGCGCCCUGCCCCUCUCCUGCGUCGUGCCCCUCUCCUUCCUCCACUCCCUCCCCCAUGCCGCUGAGACGGCCCCUCCCUUGGUCCCAGGAUUGGUGGGAGAGGGAGACAGAGGGCUUCGUGGCUCUGCUGGCAGUGGGAGCAGCAGCUCUGACACUGGCAGCAGCAGCAGUGAGGAGAGCGCCGAGGGGUAUGAGUCAGAUGAUGAAAACGAUGCUGCUGCUGCUGGCGACGAGCAUCUUUCUGCGUCCCCCUUUGCAGCAGCAGCAUCUCUCGCAGCCUCCCUGCAGCACGCGCAUGCAGCAGCGGCAGCGGGCCCUCAGAGCGAGACGGUGGCGUUUGCAGCGUGGGAGCAGCACACACGCGGCGUGGCAUCGCGGCUCAUGGCUCGCAUGGGCUUCCAACGUGGUGCCGGGCUCGGCAGGGACGGUGGAGUCAUCACCUCCCCUGUUGGGGUGCGGCCGGGGAAGGAGAGGCGAGGGGCCAAGGGUGGUGCGGUGGGAGGUGCUGGGUUGGGGGCGGCGGAGGAGGAGGGUAAGGGUGGGGCGAGGGAUGGGAGUGCAGGUGGCGGGGAGGAGGGGAAGAAGAGGAAGAAGAGUCGGGGAGGGGAGAGGGCGAGGAACAGGAAGAGGAUCGCAGCUGAGAGAGAGGCUGCAGCAGCGGCGGCGGAGGAGGAGGAGGGCGGGAGGAGGGGAGACGUGUUUGAUUUUAUUAACAUGCACUUGGGGGGCAGAGAGAAGGAAGUGGGUGAUGAGGCCAGGAUAGUGCAUAGAGGAGGGAAUGGGAGGAAGGAAUCGGGGAGUGAGUCUGCUGGGGGCGGGGGCAGCCAGAGCGAGAGAAUGGGGGGAGUGGGCCGGGGAGGAGUUCGAGGGGCCAAGGUAGUAGGGGCGGCAGCAUGUGCCGGUGCUAUACCAGGGGCAGGAGGGAAGGGGCGGGAGGAGGAGCGGCGAGAGCUAAUGCAGCAGGAGGAGCGGGUGAGGGAGGUGCGGGCGCAGGUGGGGCGGUACGAGGAGAUGGCAGGGCGCCACGCACACGACAAGGUGACACUGGCCGCCGUGCACCGCAAGCUGGCUGCCGCCCGGGAGGAGCUGAGGCGCGUGCAGGGGGGGCGGGACUCGGCACACUCUAGUGCAGCCCAGAAGGAGGCCUUGCGGAAAUGGACCAAGUUCUAG